AUGUCUCACGGUGAAGUUCCCUCGCAGCACAAUUCCACGAAUGCUAUUUCUCCCUUUGUUUCGAACAGGAACGAUGCAAGAUCCAGGCAAGCUCAGACAUCAGCACCAUUAAGAAGUCCAUACCAUUCGGUUGCCAACAGUCCAUUGGUUCAAAAGACCACUCAGAAUACUCUGUCCUCGUUAGUUACGCCACAUCACAAUCAGAAUCAGACAUUGCAUCCGGUUUCAAAUCCAAAUCUCACAGUUACCAAUACUGCAGGUAGUAAAAACUCACUGUUCAAUGUUGCUAUACCAUCAACUCUUCGGAAAGUUUCUCUUCAACGAGAUUCCAAGGAUGACAUGGAGUCCAAUUUACUGUUGGAUUCGAAUAUCGAGCAUUCUAGCCAUUCUAUAACGACGGCUUCAAACGAGCUGGAUAUUACUGAAUUGUCAUCGUUAGAGAAAUUAAGGUUAUGGCGACACGAUGCAUUGAUGCAGCAUAAAUACAAGACAGCUGAGUUCAUUGGUAACAAGAUAUAUUCCUUAACUAGCGAUCCCAAUGAUGCGUUUUGGUUGGCUCAAGUAUAUUAUUCCAAUGGAUCGUAUUUGAGAGUUAUUGAAUUGUUAAGAUCCAACAAUUUAGAUUCGACAAGUAUCAUAUGUCGUUACCUAAUGGCAUUGUCGUUGAUUGAGCUACAGAAAUAUGACGAUGCACUAGAUUUGAUUGGGGAGUCAAACCCAUUUGCUGAAGCAAGUGACCAAGAUUUUAAAAAAUUGUAUAACGAUGGUGGUAUAAAACUAGAAUCAUCACUUUGUUACCUACGAGGUAAAAUAUAUUUAAUUCAGAAUAAUUUCUCAAAAGCAAAGGAUUCCUUUAAGGAAGCACUAUUAGUUGAUAUAAAAAAUUUUGAAGCAUUUGAAGAGUUGACCUCUAAAAAUUUACUAACCCCAAAGGAAGAAUGGGAAUUAAUAAACUCUUUGGACUUUUCUUCAUUGGAUGAUAACCAAGAGAUGAUCAAAUGUUUAUACACAAUAAGACUAUCAAAUACAAUAAACUCAGAAUUGAUUAAGAGGUCUAAAAAAAUAUUGUUGGACGAUUACGAUAUGAAGGAUAAUAUAGAUUUGAUUAAGUGCGACAUAGAGCUUUAUCAUACCAGUUGUAAAUUUAAUGACUGUCUGGAAUUAUGUGAGUUUGUACUGGAGAACGACGAAUUUAAUGGUGAUAUAUUGCCAAUUUACAUUUCCUGUCUGUAUGAAUUGAAUUGUAAAAAUAAGUUGUUUCAGCUUUCACAUAAACUGGCUGAAAAUUUGCCAAAAAAUGCGAUAACAUGGUUCGGUGUAGCCACCUAUUAUAUGACGGUCCAGAAAAUUAGUGAGGCCAGAAAGUAUUUUUCAAAAUCUUCAAUACUAGAUCCAAACUUUGCUCCUUCUUGGAUUGGUUUCUCUCAUACGUUUGCUCUAGAAGGUGAACAUGACCAAGCUAUAUCUGCUUACUCAACUGCAUCAAGAUUUUUUCCAGGAAUGCACUUGCCAAAUUUGUUUUUAGGUAUGCAAUAUAUGGCAUUAAAUACAUUGACAUUGGCUGAAGAAUAUUUUACGUUGGCUUAUGAUAUAUAUCCAAAUGACCCAUUGCUUCUAAAUGAAAUGGGUGUGUUGCAUUUUAAAAAGAACGAUUUACAGAAAUCAAAAAGAUAUUUGAAAAAGGCAUUAGAAGCUGCAAAAGAUAUGGAUUCUACCUCUAAAACUUCUAUUUCAAUUCAAAUGAAUUUAGCGCACACGUAUAGAAGAUUAGGUGAGAUAGAAAUGGCAAUCAAAUGUUUCAAAGCUAUACUGGAAGUUUGUGGGAAAGAUCCUGAUAUUUUUUGUUCACUCGGAUUUUUGUAUCUGAAGACAAAGCAGUUACAAAAAGCUAUUGAUCAUUUGCAUUUAUCGUUAUCAUUAAAACCAUCUAAUUCGGUAGCUCAAGAAUUACUAACCCAUGCCUUAGAACUAAAUGUCUCUAUGAGUUUAGAUUCUGAUCAUCCAUUAAUUGUUAACUCUAAAUUACAUGAUCCAUCAAUUGCUACAUCCGAUUUACUACAUUCGAGAAAAAGACUUCCAGCUACAUUGAGGAGUUCAAGUUUAAUUAAAAAAAUGAGAACCGAUAUUAAUUUUUCAGAAGAUCAAGAAGAUAGUGAAAUGAUGGAAAUGGAAUGA